AUGGCCAAGCAAUCCGAGGAGUCCCCUCCUCAAACUAUCUUACAAAAAUCGACCGAAGGAGUCACUUUGCUGAUGUUUACGCAGUUAUUUGGUAAAGUCGUCACAUUUCUGCUAAAUACACUCCUGGUAAGAUACUUGUCGCCAAAAGUUUUUGGGAUCAAUGCAUUUCUGGAGUUUCUGCUCUCAACAGUUUUGUUUUUCAGUCGGGAAGCGGUUAGACUGUCAGCUUUGAGAAUCAAAUCUCCCACGCCUUCAAAUUCCAAUGUUCAGGAAGACGAUGGACAGGCAGAAGAUGCAGAUAAGACGGUUCUACAAAUAGCUAUCAACUUUUCCUAUAUUUCGAUGCUGAUCGGACUUCCUCUCUCGCUCGUGCUAAUUGGGUGGCAGUACAGUAAUUUGAAUGAGUAUUUCCUUUCGCUGCCGUAUUUCAAGCUGGCCAUUGCGAUCAUAUGGCUCAGUAUUCUGCUGGAACUCUGCAGCGAGCCCUUUUUCAUUGUGAAUCAGCUUAUGUUGAACUACAAAGUCAGAAGCCAGUUCGAAAGUAUCGGUGUCCUUGCAGCGUGUGUGGCCAACUUCGCCAUAGUGUACGUUUACGAAAAUAAGAUCAAUGGUUCCGGGGCUUCGUUGCAUGAUACUACCAAGCAAGAAGGAAUUGCCAUUUUUGCGUUUGCCGUCAGCAAGCUCGCUCAUUCAACAGCGCUCCUGUGCGGCUACAGCUACGACUACUUUACUCGUCUCUCGAGGGAAAACAAAUUUCGCAUAUGGCCUACCAAGAUCCAAUUGUCGAGCAAAACGCAACCCUUCUAUUUUCAAAGCGACAUUGUGCAGCAUUUCAGAAAGGUUUAUCUGCAAUUGUGCUUCAAACAUUUGCUUACAGAGGGUGACAAGCUGAUAAUCAAUUCUAUGUGCACGGUUGAGGAGCAAGGAAUUUAUUCGCUGCUCUCUAAUUACGGUUCGCUGCUAACGAGAUUAGUUUUCUCGCCUAUUGAAGAGUCUCUGAGACUUUUCCUAGCGCGACUAUUGUCAGUGACUUCCUCCAAAAAUGUAAAGCUUUCGAUGGAGGUACUUGUGAAUUUGACCAAAUUCUACUUGUAUUUGUCGCUUCUCAUAGUGGUUUUCGGACCCAUCAAUUCUCCAUUUCUACUACAGUUCCUCAUCGGCAGUAAGUGGUCCAGCACUAGUGUUCUGGACACCAUCCGAAUCUAUUGUCUGUAUCUGCCCUUUCUUUCCAUCAAUGGCAUAUUCGAGGCCUUUUUCCAAAGUGUUGCUACCGGGGAAGACAUUCUAAGACAGUCCUACUUCAUGAUGGCCUUUUCGUGCGUGUUUCUGGCCAGCUGCUGGGUAUCAAUUGGCCACUACAAGAUGUCGUUAGAGGGUCUGAUCGUGAGUAACAUUAUGAACAUGAUUUUACGAAUUGCGUUUUGCGGAUGGUUCAUUGGAAAGUUCUACAAGAGUCUUCAUUCAGAUUCUAACAUGCACAAUUCCUCCUUCCUGCUGAACUUCCGUAACUUCAAAGUGGUUUCCUUCGUGGCAGCUAUCAUCGCAGUCUCGAAUUUCUGCAUUUUCGGUGUUGUCAAAACAUUCGAGCAGUUCUUCCUGAACGUCGCAAUGGCUCUGGUACUGCUCGCAUUGAUCAUCUACAAAGAAAAGGACAGCUUGAACGCUUACCUGAGGCAGAACAAGAACGACACCAAACAUGUCUAG